UUCCUGGUGUUUCAGGAUGUCCAGGAGCAUGUGUCCUUGGAUGGAUAGGGUAGCCGGGGCUGUCGGGCCUGCCUAAGGUUUUCAGGCGGCAGACGGCAGGGCCCUGCCCUGGGCUCCGGAGCACCUGCGUGGGCCUGGCCUGGCCAGAUGCGGGUCUGCUGGCACUGCUGUCAUCGAUGGGGGUGCUCUCUGCCGACCGGGGUGUCUCUGGUCUGUCCUCAGCCAGCUCAGCCUUCCAGCGGGCCUCUGCUCCACCCUCCAGGCUCCGCUCCACAGCCCAGCUCCCUCGACCAGCUCACGCUCUGCUCUCUGCCAAAGGCGGUUACCCGGUGGACAUUCUGGAAGAUGACCCCGACGGGUGCCGGGAAGCCGCCCUGGCGUACUACACCGCGCUCAGCGCAGGGAUGCGGCCCGCGGCAGAGGUCUUCUCCCUCCCCACAGGGGAGCAGGUCACCCUCGAGGCGCCCUCCGUUUGCUUUUGCUCGGUGCAUCGCGACGAGCCUCAGCACCAAAUCUUGGCCUUGGUCAGUCCCCGGGACACCAAGACAGUCGUGGCCGUCCACCUGCAGGGGUCCUGGUGGGCCACCGAAGACGUGCUGAGGACCUCGGACCCUGCCAGAGAGGGGCUGGUGAAGGUUCAGUCGUUUGCGGAAAGGAUUGUGCUUUUCAUCCUCAACGUUGUUGUUUUGGGAAGACUGGAGAGAAGACUGGACGACGACGACAACAUGUUUUUUUUACCUUUCUCCUGGAAGGAGGAGGCUAAAGUUCUGUGGAGGGACGGCGCGGCCGUUGGGUUUUACACAACCAAGGCGAAAGGCAGCCUGUGCGGCGACGGCACAGGUGCGUGCUACCUGCUGCCUGUCUUUGACACCGUGUUUGUCCGGAGGGGACACCGUCGCCGAGGCCUGGGCAUGGCCAUGCUGUGGGACUUCUGCGAGACCUUCCGCGAGGACGGCGCGCUGGGCGUCAGCUGGCCGAUCUCUCCUGCCAUGCUCCAAGUCUGCAGGAAGUUCCUGUCUGCCCACCCGGAGGAGCGGGGGCGCCUGUGGGAGGUGGAGCCCCCGGGGGCCUGGGGCCAGCGGGACAGCAUCUGGCUGAAGGUUCAGCUGCGACAGUCACGACUUCCAGACCGGAGGGCAGCUCUCCCAGGGAACCCCGCGGAGGACGGGAGCAGUCCCGGGCAGACGUCUCAGGAUGAUGGACCCAGGCAGUCCAGGAGCGGGGAAGGCAGCCAGGAGAGGAUUGGUGGCGAGGAGCCGGAGGAGGCAAAGGAAGAUCAGGACUGCGCGGUGGGAGAAGCCGCAGCGGAGUUGCCCGGGAGACGCUGCCGGGCGGAGCUGGACGGGAAGAGGGCCUAGAGGGCGGAGGUGGCGGGGCCGGCAGGGGGCGUGGCAGAAGCGUGUGCUGAUCCCGCUCCUGACUCCCGGAGGCCCACCCUGUGGUGCAGGGCACGUGGGUUUUGUGUGGCCUUGUGCUCCCAUCUAUCCUUGCUGUGUCUUCCUCUGUGACCUUUGAGGUGCGAGUAUAUAUUUCCCAGGCUCAGACUCCAGAAGCCCACUGGUCAGGCCUGAUCUGGUGUCCCUUACUCAGGAUGAACUUGGACACCUGCAUAGGAACUGCACGGAUGAGCCGUUCUUCAGCCCAGGAAGCUCCAGGGAGGGCCGCGCCUGGGCGGUCUGCACAGCAGAGAGCCCUCAGGGUGCGCCCCAGCCCCGAGGGAGCCACGACACAGCAGACUCGGGGGACUCCAGGGAGACACGCCCCUUCCGUGGAGAAGCUCCCUGAGGGUGGGGCCGGGCUGCCUGGUGCGCACACCAUUGGCCUCUCGCCGCGGAUGUCUGGCCUUAGAGGGUGCUCCAGGCGGGCCACAGGGUCUCAGCCGUCACCCGUGCAGAGGGGGAGCCACUGGGGGAGUUUGGGCUGAUGGCCCUGGUAGCGUCUUGGUGCCCUGCGUGUGACUGAGCCGGAUGUGACACGGCCUGCCCCUUCUCAGACGCGUCCCGCAGCCCUGCCGCGGCCACGUGCUCGUUCGCCGCUGGGGACUCAGAGCGAAGCCAAGGACCGCGCUCCCCCAGCCCUGCUACUCAUUCCCUCGUCCCUGUGUCCGUCCGUCCAUCCAUCUGUCUUCCAUCCAUCUGUCCAUCCAUCCACUCACCCAUCUGUUCACCCGUUCAUUCAGCUGCUGUCCAUUUGUCCAUCCAUCAUCCAUCCAGCCAGCCACCCACUCACCCAUCCCCCCGUCUGUGCAGUCAUCUGUCUGUCUGCCCAUCCGUCCAUCCAUCCCAAUGUGGAUCAGACGCGCCGUGUGUGAUUCGGCCGUGCGCUGCGACCACUGUGCUGCCCCACACAUGACACAGCUGCUCCGCGCUCCCCUGAACGGGAACCACAGGGAGCGUCUCGGGGGUUGGUGAUGUGUCUGCCCAAUAAAGGAUUCUCCUGCAGAAAACACA